GACUGCAUGGAGAAAGCGGUGAAACACAAAGUGGCGAAGGCCGUAGUGCCAGCCAUUGACGCCAUGUACCAAGCGCUAAGCCAAUUCGGCACAGGCGUGGUUCCUCCGAAGCGCAUCUUCAAGAUGCUUCCCGGCUUGUUCAACCACGCGGACCAGGGGGUGCGGCAAUGCUCCAAGGGGCUCACUGUCGAGCUCUGUCGCUGGCUGGGAAAGGACACCGUCAAGCGCUUGCUGUUCGAAGGGCUCCGUGACGCCACGAAAGCGGAGCUCGAGGCGGAAUUCGAGCGUGUCGAAGGGCGUGCUGUUCCGACGAGGAGGAUCCGUUCGGAGCAGAUGAUGGAGAUAGAGGAGCCCGAGGUGCUGGAUGCCCCAGCAGACGACUCCAAGGCCGCAGAGCCUGAGGCUCCGCCUGUGAUUGACGAUUACGACCUGGCGGACCCCGUGGACAUCUUGACGCCGCUAUCCAAAACGACCUUCUACGAUGGCAUUCUGACCACAGAUGUGAACAUUGCAGUCGCCACGGAGGCCAUUCAGGCAGCCGGCAACCUGGCUAAGGGUUUAAGAAAGGACUUCUCAUCUGGAGCACGACUCAUGCUGCCAGCCCUAUUGGAGAGGUACAAGGAGAAGAAGCCGACAGUGGUGCAGGCCAUUCGAGACACGCUCAAGGCGUUCUACGUCUCAGGGUGCUUGGCACUGACGGACGCACUCGAGGCAGACAUCGCCGCGGCCGCGAAGCACAAGGUGCCGCAGGUCCGCUCGGAGGUGCUGGGGUGGGUGGCUGUGUGCAUCGAGGCCAGCAAGCGGCCGCAAGUCAUGGCGGUGCACAAGGAGCUCAUCCCCAUGCUCAUCGAGAGCCUGCAAGAUGGGACAGUGGAUGUUCGAGAAGCUGGCUUCAACGCCCUUGCGAACGUUGCCAAGUGCGUGGGCAUGAAGCCGUUGGAGAGGCACCUGGAGUCGGUGGAUGAGGUGCGCAAGAAGAAGCUCAUUGACGUCAUUGCCAGUGCUGGCGUCACUGUCGACGCGCCACCUCAAGCUGCGGCCAGCAGGACCUCUGGCGGCAGCCAGGCGGCGUCCAGAGCGCCUCCUCCCGCCAAGGCGUCUGCAGCCAGCCUGCUCAGCGGCAAAGCCGGAGCUCGCCCGUCCGCCACAGGCGCCAAGGUGGAGACUGGCAGCUCGGCUGCUGGAGGCAAGAAGGCUGGCAGCGAUGCUAAGAAGCCCGCCCAGGCAGCAGCACCACCGGAGGAAAUCGAGCCGGAGCCAUGGAGUCCGGAGGUAGUGGAGGAGCGGGCCAAGGCAGUGCUGCCGCCAGAGAUGGUGGACAACCUCAAGAGCUCCGCUUGGAAGGAGCGCCUCGAGGCGAUGACGAACAUCAAGGAGAUGGUUCCCAGCAUGGCAGACGCACAGGCCAACGUUGAGACCCUUGUGCGCCUCAUCUCCACCACCCCUGGCUGGUCCGACAAGAACGUCCAGGUGUUGCAGAAGAUGCUGGAGUGCGUGUCAGCCCUGGCUGACAAGGUGGACCGGUUCCCCAAGAAGUGCGUCGUGCUCUGCAUCGAAGGUCUUAUCGAGAGGGUGGGGGACAUCAAGACGCGCAUCCAAUCCACAGCGUGCCUCACCACGCUCGCAGAAUGCGUCGGCCCUCAGUUCAUCUUCACGAGAAGCAUCCCCAUAGUGAGCGCGCACAAGAACCCCAAGGUGCUGGCGGAGAGCAUCACAUGGAUGGUCACAGCUGUCGACGAAUUCGGCACUGCCCAGCUCAACCUCAAGGAGCUGCUGGAGUUUGUGAAGAACGUGGGGCUGGGCUCCAGCAAUGCGCCGUGCCGAGGUGCCGCCACCAAGCUGCUGGGCGCCAUGCACAAAUACGUGGGGCCAGAUCUGAAGGGCUUCCUGACUGACCUCAAGCCCGCCCUCAUGACUUCAGUGGAAACAGAGUUCGAGAAGAAUCCCCAUGAGGUACCCUCCGCCUUUGCUGCCUCCUGUUGCCCCCAGCUCUUCUCUCACCUGCUCUUGCCAAACCACCACCUUAUAUCUCACCUGGCCCUUUUUCAUCCCGUUUUCCCCUCCUCCCACUCCCGCGCUCUGCUCUCCCCGCCAUCAGCAGCGCCAACGAGAACAGUGAAGCGCCCGUCAAGCGGGGCAGGUGGUGAGGCAGCAGCAGCAGAGGGGGAGGUGGUAGGAGGCGGAGGUGGAGGGGCGGGGCUGCCUCGAGAGGACAUCAGUGCGAAGCUGACGGCCACCCUCAUUGCCAACCUGGGGAACUCCAACUGGAAGGUGCGGCAGGAGUCGAUGGACGCAGUCAAUGGCAUUGUGGAGGAGGCCAAUCGCCGCAUCCUGCCCGAAGGCACAUUUGAGGUGUUUGGGGCACUAAAGGCGCGGCUAUCAGACAGCAACAAGAACCUCAUCAUUCUCGCCAUGAACACCAUCGCCAACCUCGCAGACGCCAUGGGCGCACCGGUCGACAAGCAAAGCCGGGGCAUCAUAUCGGACGUGCUCAAGUGCCUGAGUGACCCCAAGCGCCAGACCAGGGAGGCAGUCGUCAAGGCCCUCGACUCCUGGCUGGGAGCGCUGGGCCCCGACAAAAUGAUCCCGGUGGUGGCGCCGGCGAUGGUGGACGUGAAGAUAGCAGCGGACGGGCGCAAGGAGCUGUACGAGUGGAUGCUGCGGCAGCAGGUGCUCUCCAAGAGCGACCCCGGCAGUGCGAUCACACUGCUGCGUGCGUGUGCUGCUGGCCUGCAGGACAAGUCACAGGAGAUCCGCAAGGCAGCUGAAGCCCUCACCACGGAGCUCGUCAAGGCCUGUGGCUGCGACGCUGUGAGCAAGGCAGCAAAGCACGAUCUGCCAACAGCAGCGCAGCCGCCGGUGUUGCUGAUAUCGGAGAAGCACCGGGUGUCAGCAGGGAGUGCGGACGGCAUGGAGGAGGACGAGGAGGAGGCGCCUGUCAUCAGCCCGGCCCUCAAAGGCACAUCUCGUGGCACCAGGCCCCCCUCGCCUGGUUCUGGGGGCCGGACCGCCCUGCCUGCACCGGUGGGGCGGUCACCAGCGUCGGCAUCGAAGCUGGGAGCACGGCAGAUGCAGGCAGCACUGCAGGAGGCAGCGCUGCAAAAUGAGCCGCUCUUCAACCUCAGGGAGUCCAUCAAGGAGGAGAGGGAUCGGUCGCCACGUGGCAUCAAAGUCAAGUACGAGGACCCCCGACCAGAGCAGCUGCAAGAGCUGGAGGCGGACGUGGCGAAGAUAUUCAGGGAGGACCUGGUGCAGCGCAUGUUCAGCAAGGACUUCAAACAGCACGUUGCUGUCAUCGACAUCUUCCACAAGGCCAUGGAGCAGCAGCCACACGAGUUCAUGGAGGUGUUGGACCUCCUCCUGCGCUGGUUUGUGCUGCGCAUAGCGGAGGCCAACACCACAUCGCUGCUGCGCGCCCUUGACUUCCUCACGGACCUCGUGCAAGUGCUCACCAUAGAGGGGUACAUCCUCACUGAAUACGAGGCCAACAUCCUCCUGCCCUGCCUCGUUGAAAAGUCGGGGCACAACAUUGCCAACAUCAGGGAGAAGAUGCGGGAGCUCAUGCGGUCGCUGCCGCUGGUCUUCCCGGCCACACGUGUGUUCCAAGCGCUGGUGGAGGGGCUGCGCUCCAAGAACAACCGCACUCGCAUUGAGUGUGUGGAGCACAUGGACGCCAUGCUGGAGAGACAUGGCAUUGAGACGAUGGGCAGCUCGCGGGUGCCGCUGGUGACGGUGGCGGCGCUGACCACGGAGAGGGACACGGAGCUGCGCAAGGCAGCGCUGAGCAUGCUUGCGUCUGUGUACGUGGUGCUGGGAGAUGACAUCUGGCGCCUGCUGGGGAAACUCACCGAUGCGCAGAGGGGCCUCAUUGAAGACAAGCUCAAGUGGAAGGCGCGAGAGAUGGAGAAGCGCAGGGAAGGGGCGCCGGGGCAGCAGAGGGGCAUGCGCAUGUCAGGGGGAGGGGCGGUAGGCAUGGAGGCGCCUGUACCCAUCGGAGCCCUGCCCUUGGCCACAAGGAUGCACAUGGCGGAAGCUGCCCAGCCACUAGCAGCAGCGCCCAUGCACUACCAGCAGCCCUCAUAUGGGAACGGGGGAGGCAUGGUUCCAGGCAUGCCGCCAGGCAUGCCCCACAGAGCAACAGAGCCCAUGGUAACCGCUCCGAACCACAUGGCCGCCAUGACCCGCCACCGCGCCACAGACAGCCACGCCUAUGCGCACUCGUCCCACUCAGGGCACUCGGCGCCGGAGUCGUUCUUUGAGGCGAUUCUGUUCAUUGAUCGCGAGGCGGCGCCCGAGAGGGUGGUGGAGGGGCUCAAGUACCUGUUCCAUGAGAUGCGGCGGGGGAUCACGGAGGAGGACCCCCGCGUGCUCGCUGUCUUCCGCGAGCACAUGCCGCGCUACAUCAAGAUGCUGCGCUUCCAGUUUGUGCAGUUCUUUGUGCGCUCCGUUCCGGAUGCACAGGUGAAGACGUACAAGUACAUCCUCAACUCCCUGCUCACGGUCAAGACCUACAAGUACAUCCUCAACUCGCUGCUCACGGUCGUUGAGCAUGCAGAUACCAGACGACGACCUGCGGCUGCUGCUGGAGGACAUGACCAUCUUCAUGCUGCACGAGCGCGUCAAGCAGCACUGGACGAGCCCUCUAACCCCUCUCCACCCCUCCACCCCCCUCCCCACCGCGCACAGCUGUUUGAGACCAAGUCGUUGAGCAUGCAGAUUCCCGACGACGAUCUACGGCUGCUGUUAGAAGACAUGACCAUCUUCAUGCUGCACGAGCGCGUCAAGCAGCGAAACCCCGACGACUCGUCCGCCGACCUGUGCCGUGCCGUGAACAUCCUGCUGCUCAAGAUCCUGGACACCGCGCCCUCCACGCCACUCUUCCUCUCCUUCAUGACCAUCCUGCGCCCCACCUACACCAUCAAGGGCUCCACUGCUGCUGACGUCAAGGGCCCCGAUGGCACACCGCUCGCUGCACUCGUUGUCAAGUGCCUGCUGCGCAUGUGCAAGAACUUCAGUGGGUAUGUGGCGGACAUGGACUUUGACCGCCUGCUGUUUGGCAUCCACCAGUACUUUAGCGACUUCUCCCACGCCGAGCUCCGCAGGAGAGUGACCACGGAUGAGCGCACCCUAUCCAUGUUCCGCAAGAUCCUGGCAGAGGCGGUGGCAGCCAGGGGCCCCGCUAUCAAGGGGCAUCUGUCGCUGAUCCCCAUAGAUGAGACACCGCAGCCCUUCAUCCUGCAGCAGGUCGACCUCGUGCUCCAGCAGGUCCUCGAACGCUCCUCCGCUGCUGAUGCUGCUGAUGCUGCAGCAGUUCCUGAUGAAUCCUCGCUGCCUGACCAGGACGAGCUCCAGAGCAUAGUGCGCAAGAUAGUGGAUCGCAAGCAAGGGGCAGUCAGCCUUUUUGAGCUUCACUACUACAUGCAGUCUCACCCUGGGAUUGACGUGUUUGCGCGGCUGGCCAGCAUCAGUGAGACAAUGAGGGAGUACCUCCAAAUGGGCAUCCUCCGCGUGCGAGAGCACGUAGCGCGUGGCGGCACCUUUGCCACCUUCGAUGCCUCUGUACUUGAAGCAGGCGCUGCUGCCUCCGUGCAGGAAGCAGGCGCUAGUGCAGGCAUGCGAUGGCCUUCCAGGGCGGUGCCUGCGAUGCCAGGGCAGGAGCAGCAUCUGCCAUUGAGUGGCCUGCCGCCGAAUGUGGUGCAAGGGGGGGCAAGUGAAGGUGGGAGCUAUGGGAGCAGUGCAGCGGAUGCAGCGGCUUAUGAGAUGUCUAAGAUGCGGCUCAACGGGCAACAUUCAGGUGUCAACCUCAGAUACUGA